UGCCACCAGAAAGCUUUUGCCACUUCGUACCAUAUAUGUGGAGGAGGAGGCAAGGAAUGUCGAAGUUGCGAAGCCUCUAGGACGAUGAAUCGGGCAUGGACUGCCACAGUUCCAACAAUUUAGCUCUUUAGAACAACUUGAGUUUUUGCGAAUGAAACGAUGUUAUUUAGUACCGAACAAUGGGCGCGUAUGGCAAUGGUCUACCCCUUCACCCUCAACACUCCCUCCAAGAGCCAAAUACUCCCAGGGCGCGUUACACACGUCUGAAUAAGAGUAUAGAAAACACACAAAGACUACUACAGGAAGAACAGGACAUAGGUUCAUUCCUUCGCCGUCUAAGCCAUCUCGUGGAUGGCCUAAAAUUAGUAAUAAACCCAGAUAUUGCGGUAUUUGAUAAUGGAGACAUCGUACCCAAUAUUCAGGCGGCUGUUCCUCCUGUAAUACCGAAAAUGGCAGCCGUAAUACCAGAAGAAGAGGUGAAUGGAGAGGCAGCCACAGUGGCUGUUGCACCUGUUCCUGAGGUGGCCCCGAUGGUUUUGAAAGGGGAACCAUCACCUCUUCACUAUUUUGCGCCUGUCAAACCACCACCCUUGGAAAGUUUUCCACCCGUGGUAGCUGAAUAUAUAUCUUAGUCUCCGUU